AUGUUAAACCGAUCACCAAACCCUAUCAUGGAGCCCAAUAAACGUGCCAAACUGGUUAUUGGAAUGGACUUCGGAACUACAUUUAGCGGUAUUGCCUGGGCAUUGGAAGGGCUAGAGACCCAACCCACGGUUAUCCAGGAGUGGCCUGGAAAAGGCAACAGUACAUCGCAGAAGACUCCUACCGUCAUAUCGUACCAGGACGGCGAAGUCAGAUGGGGUUACCAAGUCAAUGAAUACAAACCGGCUGUGAGGGGAGUGAAGCUUUUACUCGACAAAGGCCGCCAAAUGACGACCUAUGGACCUGCCCUUGAAAGCGAAGUUAUAAUUCAAGACCUCAAAAAGGAGCCCGUUGAUAUUGCAGGCGACUACAUGAUGAUGAUGGUCUCCCACGUCAAGCGCGUCCUUGAUCGCCGAGGAAUAGGAAGUCUGAUGAACACUUUGAAUGUCAAGUACGUCCUGACAAUUCCGGGAGUAUGCUCCGACAAGGCAAAGGACCUAACGAUGCAAGCUGCGUGCCUUGCCGGUAUUCCUCAAUCUGAUCUGUCUUUACUUUCCGAGCCCGAAGCUGCAGCAGUUUAUGCCAUCAAAACUAUCCAGCCAAACGCUAUGGCGAAAGAUGAUUGUUUUAUUGUCUGCGAUGCAGGUGGUGGGACAGUGGAUCUUAUCACAUACAAAAUUACGCAGAUGAAUCCAUUGCGAAUGGAAGAGGUAGUGGAAGGAACAGGCGAAAUAUGCGGAUCGGUGAUGCUGGAUGAGCUGUUUGAGCAGUAUGUCAAGCGUACAAUUGGAGAGACUGAGUACAAUGGACUGAACGAAAGUUCAAAACGCAUUGCCAUGCAGAAAUGGCAGAAUGACAUCAAGCCUCUUUACUCAGGGCCAGUUGACGACGACGGAUUCACUUAUACAGGCGACGCUAUCCCUAUUCCCGGGAUAAAAGACGGAAUACUUCACAUGGAAAGUGAGGACGUCCAAAAGAUCUUCGACCCUGUGGUAGCAAAGAUCGAGGCCCUUAUCCGCGCACAGAACGUGAGCGUUCAAAACGCUGGGCUUAGUGCAAAGGCCAUAGUCCUGGUUGGGGGCCUCGGUGCUUCUGCAUAUCUUUACAACAGGCUAAAAAGUUACUUCAAAGAAAUGGAAAUCAUGCAACCACUUAAUGCUUGGUCGGCUGUCGUUCGCGGUGCUGUUUACCGAGGAAUCCAAGGAAACCAAGUGGAAAAUCGGAAGGCUCGAAGUCACUAUGGCAUUGAAAUUUCCGCCAUCUUCGACCCCACAAAACAUAGACGAGAGGAUCGUUACUGGUGUGAUUUUUAUGAGAAAUGGCUAGCACGCUACCAAAUGCAAUGGUACAUUCACAAAGGCGACGCGAUUUCAGAGGAUAGGCCAAUUACAUUUCCGUUUUGGAGACGUGUCCCCACGAAUUCCUCCUUGACUUUCCAGGAUGACCUGAAGUUCUGUUUGAUACAGGAUGCCCCACCCAUAGUCACCUCAGAUGUCGCCGUUCUCUGCACCUUGACAUCGGAUCUGAGUAGGAUACCGAAAGAACUUUUCGAGAAACUCACGAAUUCCAGAGGAGUGGAAUAUUACGUGAUUAAAUUUGAGUUGGUUCUUACACCAUUCUCUGCGUCAAUGCUGUUCGAAUUGCAGUUUAAUGGAGAGAGGUAUGGAUCGGUGCAAGCAGAGUACGUCUAG